AUGCCAAUCACCUAUUUGCCAAAGGAAAAAGCCUACGAUGUUAAGCCAGCCGGUAUUCCAACCCCCGGAAACAACUCAUUCUUAGGUGAUGUUGUCAGCAACAAGGGUCCAGACGGUAAAGAAAUCAACUGUGGGUUCUACAGACAAGAAGACGGUGAACCAUUGGUGUACACUUAUGAUUAUGAUGAAAUGAAAAUCAUUUUGGAGGUUGAAGGUGAAUUCACUUUCACUGAUGAAACCGGUUUUACUGUCUCCGUUAAACCCGGUGAUGUUUUCUUUAUCAAGAGCGGAACUACUGUUACCUUCAAAGCCACUGGUGGAUACGGGUUAGCUUUCUACACCGCCUUGAGACCUGCUAUUGCCUAA